CGCCUUCUGCUCAUAAAGCCCCGACACAAGCACAUCGCCGCAAGUUGGCUAACAGCAGCUUUGUCGACAGUGGUUACUUCACCUCGUUUAGCCUCAACCGGCGGAUACACCAUCUGACAAAAUACUCGGUAACUUCGCUGUAAAGUGAGGGUUUAUCGAAGGAUAGUGUCGUUUAAAAUAAGCUGCAGAACACUGCCAGCUAUCUUUGUUACGAACUCCGCGAAUACGUAGUUUUAGCUCGCUAGCUAACGGGCACUAGCUCGAGAAAGAAAAGGCCGUUGAGUUGACCCAGAGUCAGUUAUUUAACAGAACGCGGAAUAGUCCUGGCACAUCACGUUUGCCUUGGAUAGGAAAACACUUCAAUUUAAAGGAGAAAACAUUGAAAGAAGAUGGCUUUGAAAAGGAUUCAUAAGGAGCUGAACGACCUGGCUCGUGACCCUCCAGCACAAUGCUCCGCCGGCCCAGUGGGUGAUGACAUGUUUCACUGGCAAGCCACUAUCAUGGGACCUAGUGACAGUCCGUAUCAGGGAGGAGUUUUCUUCUUGACAAUUCAUUUUCCAACAGACUACCCCUUCAAACCCCCCAAGGUUGCAUUUACAACAAGAAUUUACCACCCAAAUAUUAACAGUAACGGCAGUAUUUGUCUGGAUAUUCUCAGAUCACAAUGGUCUCCUGCGCUUACUAUUUCUAAAGUUCUUCUCUCCAUUUGCUCACUGCUAUGUGACCCAAACCCCGAUGACCCGUUAGUGCCAGAGAUCGCACGAGUCUACAAAACAGAUAGUCCGAAGUACAAUAAACUAGCUCAGGAGUGGACAGAGAAGUAUGCCAUGCUUUAGGAUACACCAGAAUGGCAAAAGACUGGACACACAAAUAUGCAAUGUGAGGCGUCGCUGGGAAAGCUGGUGGAUAAUGUUGUUGCUGGUUCAAACAAAAAAAAAUCCAGGAUUCUGAUUUUUCUUUUUCCACUUUUUUUUCUCCCCUCUUUUUUUUGUUUUGUUAAUCAGAGCAUUUUACCCCCUCGUUUUUUCCACUUGCGCGCUCAUAAGAAGAUAGUGUUUUCUCUCUAGGACACGUGCCAGUUUCUGUGAAGUUUCGACUCCCAGUUUGUUCGGAGUUUAAAAAAAAUAAAUAAUAUGAAUCAUUAUGGUUCUGAGCACUCAGCUUGAGCAUGCACCAGUAAGAGUUGGUGAUGUUAUUCAUUCACUCUUCUGCACACACUUAGUAGAAUCUGAUGCGACUGGCUGCAUCCUGUGCGGACUGUCUUUACUUUACCGUACGCUGGAUUCCUCAGAGCACUUAUAGAGAAGCCUGUCUUUUGCCAUACAUGUAAAUUGUUAUGUUUCAAACCGAUACAAAUACAUAAAUCUGCUGCAUCUUACUUUAAAAGUAGUACAAAAUCUAAAACGAAAUAUUUGGGAAGCUGGUUUUGAUGUCUGUCUGUUUUUCUGAUCUUUAGUAUAGCAUUCUACUACCUGAGGAAAGACGUGUAUCUUAUUCCACUCAAAGUGUGUACAGAGAAGCACAGCAGUAUAUAUCAAUGUUAAGACAAACAAAAUAUAAGAACUUCAAUGUUGUAUUUUAUGCAUGUUAAUAAAGUUAGGCUAUUAUAUCUGAUAUGUUUCUGCAAAUGUAGGUGGAUUGUAAGGCUGAACAGUUGGACAAUUGUGGUUCCCCUCAAAGGCUUUCUUUUGUUUCUUCUGUUAUUUAGAAGCCAGUAGAUGAGCUGUUAGUUUUAUGCCCACUCGAACACUGUCUUCUUGUAGCCCUAAAAUAUUGAUGCAAAGCUUAAUGGUUGAUAAUCAACUUGUCGCUCUGUUUCUUUUUAGUUUUCCCUUCAAUAAAGUUACUCAAAACAUAAAACGAA